AUGCCACUUCGAAUUUCACUUUCAAUUUUCAUUAUUUCAACAUUUCUCUUUGGAUUUUCGAAUUGUGUCGAGCACAUUUUCCACUGGAACUCUUCAAAUGUCGAGUAAGUUUUUGCGGGUAGCAUUUUACUUUUAUGUAUUGUUUAUUUGUGCCGGUAGAGAGAGAUUAGAUAGCGGCAAGUGAAUUGUCAUUUUGAAGGGUCAUUAUAUUUGCUCGAAAAUGGAAUGGGGGAAAAGUUCGAAAAGUAUACUAUAUUGUAACAAAUAUUGACAAUUAAUUUAGGGUUAUGCAAAAAUUUUAGGCUUUUCUGUUUUUCCUGGGGGCCUCAGCCCCUCUCGGGACCUUUUUAGCACCGCCGCGGCAAAAAUACGCCGCAGCGGUCUUUUUCAUCGAAAUUCGCCACACUAAAUUUGUAGCGCGCGUGUCCGAGUGGAUAAGUAGAUAGACUCUCAUUGUUUUGACCCAAGUUCGAUGCCCCUUGCCCGCAAGUUUUUUUUGCCGGUAGAGAGUUUUGUCGAACUGUCCAAAAUUCCUCUCAAAAUCUCCUAACACCUCAAAUUUCCAACAAAAAUGCGCCAGAUGUGCUCUUUUGAAGUCCGCCCGAUUUCGCUCAUUUGCUCGAAUAUCACAACUAUCAAAUUUCCUAUUCAUCUUUGAAUAUACCUCAUUUAUAAUAUAUUCAUUACUUCUGUUUUCCUCAUGUUCCCAAAUAAUAAUAAUAGGUGCGAGUUAUUCUUAUGCAAAUAAGACCCCGAGGUUACCAAUAGAGCAAUAGGCAGGUGAUUCCGUUUCCGUAAACAAAAUAUUCAUUUAUAAAUACAUAGGAUUCUAACAUUUUUUCGAAUCGAAAAAGUCACAUUUAGAAUUAAAACGAAUCUUGUCAUACAUAAACAAUUUAUUCUUUUUUGCUUUUAUACGAACAGCUGACUUUUUUUUAUGUAUAGGCAUUCAUAAAAGGCACAGGGGGCAGGCAGAUGUAAAAAACAAGGCGGUAAACUUUGUUUUUUCGGGGGUGGUGCAUAAUUGGGUGUUCAAAUUACAUAGCAAGCAAUUAGUGCUAGAAACUUUUGGGAAAACAAAAGUUAGUACUAGAGAAAAUCAGAGGGUUCAAAGGCUAGACUCGUGGUUUUUAAAAUUAAAAUUUUAUUCAUGAGAGCUUUUGAGCCUUGUGUUCUGAAUAGUCAGGUCUAGGGUUUGACCAGAAACACGUCAAUCAAUAUUUUCCUUCCAAAGUUUGUUGUCUGUUGAUAAUCCCCUAUCUAAAAUUGCGCAAUAUUUACGCCCCAACAAUCCAAUUCUUUCCGGUCCAACAAAAAAUACCUGUUUAUUUAUGUAAACCACCCUUAUACUUUACCAUAAGGGGAUAUCAUCAAAUACUUGAGAUUUUACUAUUAUUUACUUUGCCAUCGUCUUCUUCUUCAAUAUUACUUAUGUAACACAGGUGUUAAAGGGAAAAAAUGUGAGAAAAGAAAAUGAAUUUUAUUCAAGUAGGCAAAGUCAAUGACCUUCUUUCUAUGUAAAACGCCAAAAUGGAAAAAAUUCGAAUUUUUUUCGCGCUCGGUGACUUCAAAGAGUUUUACCGAUUUGCGCAAUUUAGGUAGUUGUUAGACACAAAGACUUGUGUUUCUUAGUCACAUUUUCGGUGGGUAAACAGAUAGUUUUAGACAAAAGAGUCGGAUAUUUAUAUACGUACAUACCUUUUGUGUAUUAUAUAUAUAGGGGGAAUAAGGUAAGGGGGCCUAGAACCCUCUGGGGGACUUAGGUAAUUUUUCUUAACCCUAGGGGCCUAGGUCCGCAACUUUCUGAUCUUAACCCUUUCCAUAUCUAGUAGUAGUAGUAGAUCUAUUACAAUAAGGUAAGGGGCCCUAAAACCCUUUGGUGAGUAUUUGGGCCUUAGGUCCGCAACUUUUCAUAUCUAGCACAUAGCAUAUCUAUUACAAGAUGAUUACAUCAAAAAGGUAUCCGCUCGCUUUUAUUUUUAAGAGCAUCUGCUUUUCUUAUCUACAUUAGAUCAAGAUCUUCAAGAAAACUUUUUUUUAUAACGCGUGUCUAAUGAGGUGUCGCCUUUUUUCACACCCCCCCCCCCAUUCAGGGUGGGGGCCCAUUCACAUAUUAACAUAAAUGGGGACCUUGGCCAUAGUCAUGCAAAUCUUACCUCCAGAUUUUCUAUUGUUAUUUAUGUUUUUUCUCCGCGCGCGCGUGCGCGCCGAAGAUUUACAGUCCUCAUAGAACUUUGCCGACCGACCGAUUUUUAUGAUCGUUUUUUUUGUAGGUAAGAUGAGUAUUAUAAUAAUUAUUAUUAUUAGUACUACUAUUAAUGAGGGACUAACUAAUCUCUAAAUGAAAGCCUCAUUCGAACCGACAAGAUUUCGACAUCUGCCUUGAUUUGCGCAAUUUUUGGGUCUUGAGAUAAUUAGAAAUUUGGGGAUUAUUAAUUGGAGCCAGAGAUUUGAAAAUGUUGAUAAGCCUCCUAAGCUUGAGGCGAUUAUUUAUGAUUUGGUGUGACAAGUUGACUAGUCAACUGGUGGCAUAUGGUGCACUUUUUUGGGGGAGUGUCUAAAUUGGUUGAGACAGUUGUAAAUCAUCUUUCCAAAUGGAGUUUAUAUAUAAAUAUAAAUAUUAUAAAUGGGAGAUGAAGAGUUUAAUUAGAUGGAUAGUUAAUUGAAAUUCAUCAUGAGGGAGAGUUUUUUGAGGGGAAAUAGAGUAGAAUACUAAUGUUAAAAAAAAGUUUUUUUGAAAAACGCACAGUAUUUUAAUCAGGGGAUUUCAUAUGAAACAGCUGAACCUAGUUGUCAAGCAGCCAAGUUUUGAUAGCCUAGUUGUCAAGCAGCCGAGCCUUGAUAGCCUAGUUUCUAAGUAGCCGAGCCUUGAUAGCCUAGUUGUCAAGUAAGCGAGCCUUGAUAGCCUAGCUGUCAAGUAAACGAGCCUUGAGAGUCUAGUUUUUUUACUUUCUUACUUUCCGGAAAUUUCCAAAAUCCCACAUUUCUGUUUCACUUGAAGCCGAUACCUUCUGUCAUCCCAUCUAAUUUGUAAAACACUAUUUUGUUCCCGCCUAAUCCAUCCUCGAUCCUCAAAUUUCCCCAUCCUCAACAAGUAGUGCACCGUAUGCCAUUUCUUUGCUCUCACCGCCUUUCUUGUAGUAUUUUUGUAGCUCAUUAGCUUCUGCUGUCCGUUUCCCAGGCAACAUACAUACAUUUUUUGUAGUAGAGUAGUAUCACGAAGAAAAUGUUAGUUGGAAUGGGGGGCCGGAGUAAUUUGCAUAUUUGACUUGAUUCGUGUGAAAAUGAAAAUGUGUGGGGCACUUAUAUGUACACUACUUACAUUAACUAAAUUGCACUGACUUUUUCGUGGUGUCCAAAUGAUAUUUGAGAUUUUUUAUCCGGAUUGGACCAGGGCAGGAGCUAAUACAUAUCUAACCUCACCUAGAGGUUGUCAAGAAUGGGAUUAACCUCUAAGUUGACAAGUACUAUUGACACGUGUAUUUGCUUGUAAGCUUAUUCGUACAAUGAGAAAAAAGAAUAUCGCGUAACUUGAGAUGUCAAAAGGAAAUUGGGUGGAAAUUGGUGACGAAGAGCAGCCCUCUUGAAAUUUGGGACCAUCUUUUUUGUCGUUGUUAAUAUUGUUUUUUUUUGGGUGCUCCGCUAAGCCAUGUAAUUGAGUUUACUUAUAUGUAUAUACGACUCCAAAGAAAUAACAACUUUUUUAAAAGUAAUAUUUAUUUUUGGACGAGAUAAUAAAAAUGGUGCGGGAAAGGAAAGAUAACGUAUAAUUUAUGUACUCUGCGAUUUUUUCGGGAAUAUUAUUUAUAGGGUCGAGGGGAGGAAUUCACAAGAUUUAUGAUUCUAGUUUUCAAUUUACGUACUUGUGGUAAUUCGAAAAUUGAUUUGACCCCCCCCCUUCUUUAAUAAUUUUGUAUUCAUAAAUAAUAGAAGGGGGCUUGAGGAACCUUACGCCCAAGCCUAACCUUAGGCCUAAGCACACCAGUCUACUUAUUUAGUCCACUUAAUAGCUAAGCCUAACCAUGGGUCUGAUUUUAAAAGCCUAACCUAAAUACGCCAUACCUUAUAUGAGCCUAAACCGAGCCUGAGCCUAGCCUACUGCCUGAAAAAGGCUGAGUCUAGUCUGGCAAGUGAGAUUUAUGAUUUUUUAAAAUUAGUAAUUAAGCCAUACUUUUUUAAUACCUAAUAACUUUAGGCCAACCUAAAAAGGCUAAGCCUAAGCCCAAGCCUAAAAAAACGCUACUCUUAACCGAAGCCUCACUAAAUAGCUAAGCCUAAGCCCAAGCCUAAAACAAGCAAGAUUCAUUUUUCCAUUUGCGUUAAUUCGAAAAUUGAUUUGACCCCCCUAUUUUUCACCAAUUUUGUAUUCAUAAUGAAAAAAGUGGCUUUUACCCUCGCACCAAAAAACGAACCCAUUAUUAGUAAUUAACCCAUGUUUUGUUAAGGCAACACCUGCCUUUUGCAUUCUAAAAAAUGGUUGGCAAUUAGGGUUUGCUCAAAAAGGGGGUAUGAAAUAUUCAUAACUUGCGCAAUGCUUGCACAGGCAGGGGUCAUCUCUACAUAGAUUUAUCUCUACACAAAUAUUUAAUAAAUCUGUUGUGGUGACUAUCUAGGUGUCAUGGCAAUUUAGGAUCAAUCAAAGUUGGUGGUGUCACCUUGUCUUCUCUCUUCCCGGGAGACGGAACUAUCAAAUUAGGCGAGACAAAAUUCAUCGACCCGUAUUAAUAUACAGUCGGAGGAAGGACAGGAAUUGUAUAAUAAUAAAGUUGAGGCAGGCGAGGGGUUAUUAGGAGAAUGCAUGUUUUGUUUGGUAAUGUAUAUUGUAUUGUAUUAUUGUUGUAAAAAUGCAUUUAGGAUUGGGUAAUUAUAGGGUUGGUUGGGAUUUUUAUGGAAAGUGAGAAGAAGUCUUGGGAUUUUUCUUGUGUCAGAGCCUAGGGAGCCUAAUUCUCUGGGACCCACGUCUAGAGAUCUACUCUGACAAGGAUUCACGCCUUGAGAGACACAGUGUCUUCAAGUUCAAGUAGUCGAGCCUUUGUCUCCAGCGUUUUACUUUAGUGAACCAAAAAAUUAUUUUCGAAAUCUCCUUCUGUCAACCAUAAGAAAUAAAUCCACUCACUCGCCACCGCCUAAGAAAAAGAAUAGAUUGUAAUCUAAUAAAAACUUCUUCCGGAUCACCGCUUCAUUAACAUAUAUAUAAAAGAUCUAUCGAUGUCUCCUUGACGCAAUAGCCGACAAAUUUCUCAACCACCCCAAAUGGCUUAUUUUUUCUUUUAUGCCGCAAAAAAAGUAGCGGGUUGUAAAUAAAUAAUCACCUUAGUAUGUAAUGUAAACAGAACAAAAUAAAAGUCAAUUGAUAAAAAUGACUAAUUUUUUGAUGUCAACCGAAAAUGUACAAAUAUUCUACCUGGCAUUUUUUGGUGGCUGUCACUUUUUGGGGUUGUUUAUCUAAUAAAGCAGGUGUCGAAGGGGAUUAGCUGACACACAUUUUUAUAUUAUUAGCCAAAUUCUAUAGCAACCCGAACAACAACAAUAAAAAUAAAGAUUCUAAUUAAUGUGGAUGUUCUAUAUACAUAUGUACAAUUUCCGUUUGGGAAUGAGAUUCGGAAGUUGAUGGAAUUGCCAUUGUUACUUAUACGACCAUACUUGGCGCUCGUUAAGUCAAAAAGUAUUUUGCGAAAAAAACCCUUCAAACAAAUUACGGUUGCCUUUUCAAAGGCACACACAUUUUCUUAAAAAUAUUUCGAAGCGAUGUGUUUCUCUAACAUUAUACUCCCGUCGUCUCGCGUCUAACCCGAGGAGCAAUUUCCUAACUUUUUCAUUUUUCAGAUUUCGUCAUGGUCGAGUAAACGCGGAGAUCGAUGUGAGAAUUGGUGAUACUUUGCGAUUUGUAUGCCCGGAAAAUUCGGAAGAUCAAAAAUCACCGAAUAAUGAAUAUCUAAAAGUGUAUGAAGUUGGAGAAUUGGCUUUUGGUGAAUGUCAAGUUGAGACACUUUCACGAGAAGUUUUGAGGUGUGGAAUGGAGAAUAAUGUGGAGAAAAUCUUGCGGUCACGGGGUGGCGAUGGAUUUCCGGUGAAGAAUUCGAAAUUGUCGAUAAGAGAUAUUACGCCAGUUCCGAAUGGAAGGGAAUUUAGUGUUGGACAGACCUAUUAUUAUAUUAGUGAGUUGGAUUUUGGGCUCUUCCGAGCAAAAAUUUUCGACUAAAACUCACAAAAAAUUAAUGUUUUUUAGCCACAUCAUCUGGAAAAAUCGAGGGAAUCGAUAGAAAAUAUAGUGGGCUCUGCGAAACUGAAAACAUGCGAUUGGCUAUUCGAAUUCUACCAUCUCUCCCGGUUUCAUCUACCACAACAUCAAAUCCAAGACGACAAGAUUAUACGAAACCAUCGGAAGAUGAAGAUGAGGAUUCGAUUAAUGAUAAACCAUCACAAUCAGAAACAAAUCCAAAAUUCCGAAGACCUCCAAGCUCUUUCAGUUCAGCUGGAGUUCACGAGCAACAAUUUAUAAAAGUUGCACAAAUGGCGAAGGAGGGAAAGACUGGAACAUUCGAAAAUGCGAAACCAAUUCGAAAUGAUUUGGAAAUGGUUCCAUGGAAAUUCGAAAUCAUCGAUGAAUCGCCAGUUGUUGAGGAAAAUCUAUCAUAUCAGCGAGAACCCGAUUAUUUGAUACACGAGGAAAAUGUGCAAUCGCUAGAAUAUUCAUCGAGUUCGAAAUCGAUUUCGAUGUUUAUUUCGAUUCUAGUAGCAAUUAUUUUUCUUUUUUGA